AGUUUUCAAGCUGAGUACCUUAAACAAACUCCUUGCUUGAAAAUGUCUAAAAGUUCAUUACUAUUUUAUAGUCAGAAGUAGUAAUAAUAAUUCAUAUUAGCAAUAUAGUCACUCAAUAAGAAAAGUUAUUGACAGGCUGCUGAAAAUUUUCUAAAAGUGAUUUUGGGAUUUUAUUUUUCUAAUGUUGUUUCCUUGUAUCAGCUGCCACACAUUUAUUGUGACAAUUAGCCGACGUGACGUGUAAAGAAACUUGUCCAAGUAUUUGAACUUGCAAUUUUUAUUAAAGAUGAGCUCCUUUAAACGGGAUCAUGGAGAUGAUGGUGGUUCCGGUAAUUUUCAAAAUCUAGAGAAAACCACAGUUUUACAAGAAGCCAGAAUAUUUAAUGAAACCAGUAUAAACCCUAGAAAAUGUACACCUAUCCUCACCAAAUUGCUAUACAUAUUGAAUCAGGGUGAAACAUUGAGCGUUAAAGAAGCUACAGAUGUCUUCUUUGCUAUGACAAAGUUAUUUCAGUCUAAAGAUGUGAUUUUAAGAAGAAUGGUAUAUUUGGGAAUCAAAGAACUUAGUUCAAUUGCUGAUGAUGUUAUAAUUGUUACAUCCAGUCUAACUAAAGAUAUGACUGGCAAGGAAGAUAUGUAUAGGGCAGCAGCUAUUAGGGCACUUUGCAGUAUUACAGAUGCUACUAUGCUACAAGCGAUUGAAAGAUAUAUGAAACAGGCUAUAGUAGAUAAAAAUUCAGCAGUUAGCUCAGCUGCACUAGUAAGUUCACUACAUAUGGGCAAAUUAGCACCAGAAGUUGUAAAAAGAUGGGUGAAUGAAGCACAAGAAGCAGUCAAUAGUGAUAAUAUUAUGGUGCAGUAUCAUGCUUUAGGGCUUUUAUAUCGCAUUAGAAAAAUUGAUAGAUUAGCUGUGACAAAGCUAAUAGCCAAAUUGACAAAAACUACUUUGAGGAGUCCUUAUGCAAUGUGCAUGCUGAUCAGAAUUACUGCCAAACUACUAGAAGAAGAAGAUUCUACCAAUGAUUCACCAUAUUGCAACUACCUACUUUCCUGUCUCAGACACAAAUCAGAAAUGGUAGUUUAUGAAGCUGCACAUGCCCUUGUCAACUUGAAACAUACAACUAAUCGGGAGUUAACACCAGCAGUGAGCGUCCUACAAUUGUUUUGUGGUUCUCCUAGACCUACACUUCGAUUUGCUGCUGUUCGUACUUUAAAUCAAGUAGCAACUUCUCAUCCGGCCGCAGUUACAGCUUGUAACAUAGAUCUGGAAAUUAUGAUUAAUGAUACCAACAGAUCAAUUGCAACUUUAGCUAUAACAACUCUUCUAAAAACAGGUGCUGAAUCUUCUGUUGAGAGACUGAUGAAACAGAUAGCCACUUUCCUUUCAGAAAUCAGUGACGAGUUUAAGGUUGUUGUAGUACAUGCAAUUAAAGCUCUAGCUCUAAAAUUCCCAAGGAAGCACAGUUCUCUAAUGAAUUUUCUUUCGGCUAUGCUAAGAGACGAAGGUGGCUUGGAGUAUAAAGCUUCUAUUGCAGAUACUAUAAUCACGAUUAUUGAAGAUAAUCCAGAUGCUAAGGAAGCUGGAUUGGCUCAUCUUUGCGAAUUUAUUGAAGAUUGUGAACAUGUAUCUUUGGCUGUAAGAAUUUUACAUUUAUUAGGAAAAGAAGGACCAAAAACUAAACAACCUUCUAGAUAUAUUCGUUUUAUUUAUAACCGUGUUAUUCUCGAAUGCCCUUCAAUACGAGCUGCCGCAGUUUCGGCAAUGGCACAAUUUGGAGCUUCUUGUCCGGAUUUAUUAGAAAAUAUACAAGUAUUAUUGGCUAGAUGUCAGAUGGAUUCAGAUGACGAAGUUAGAGAUCGGGCUACCUAUUACAGCAAUAUAUUGAACAAAAAUGAUAAGAGCCUCUACAAUAAUUAUAUUUUGGAUACAUUGCAAGUUUCAAUUCCUGCAUUAGAACGUUCUUUAAGAGAAUAUAUUCAAACUCCUAUGGACCAACCAUUUGACAUAAAAUCGGUACCAUUAGCAGCUGUUACAACAAUAGAAGAACGUGAAGUGAAGCAUAAACCUGAAGGUAUGCUCACAUCUCAAGGUCCCAUUCGUCCAGCUCCGGUUUCACGUGAAGAAAACUUUGCAGAAAAACUUUCUGUUAUUCCUGGCAUACAACAACUUGGUCCACUGUUUAGAAGUUCUGAAGUUGUAGAACUUACUGAAUCCGAAACGGAGUAUUAUGUCAGGUGUAUUAAGCACUGUUUUGCCCAUCAUGUGGUCCUUCAAUUUGAUUGUCUGAACACUUUAGCAGACCAACUAUUGGAAAAUGUUAGAGUGGAUUUAGAACCUAGCGAAGGUUUCGAAUUAUUGGCUCAAAUCUCUUGUGAAAAGUUACAUUAUAAUGAAAUGGGUACUACAUAUGCAGUUCUAAAGUUCCCUCACGAUGAUUUACCUAGUUGUGUUGGAAAUUUUGGUGUAGUAUUGAAAUUUAUUGUCAAAGACUGUGAUCCCGCUACUGGAGUACCAGACUCUGACGAAGGAUACGAUGAUGAGUACAUACUAGAAGAUCUUGAAGUAACAUUAGGCGAUCAAAUUCAGAAAAUUUCUAAAGUUAAUUGGGCGGCAGCUUGGGAAGAAGCUGCUUCGACUUGUGUAGAAAAAGAGGAUACAUACUCGUUAAGCUCGAUGAAUUCUUUGAAUGAUGCAGUUAAAAACAUUAUACAGUUCCUUGGCUUGCAACCUGCUGAAAGAACUGAUAAGGUGCCGGAAGGAAAAUCUACACAUACAUUGUUACUUGCAGGUGUAUUCAGAGGAGGUAUUGAUAUUUUAGUUCGAGCAAAACUAGCUUUAUCAGAUGGCGUGACCAUGCAACUAACUGUCAGAUCACCUGAUCCAGAUGUAGCGGAGCUAAUAACUUCAUCUGUAGGUUAAGUGAUCACUUGAAGUAUUUAUAAUAAUUUGUAAUAAUUAUUGCAAAAAUGUAUAUGUAUUUUGUUUUAUUAAAUUUUUAUUAUAAAAAUAUAUUUUAAGAACUAG